AGUUAUUAUAAAAGUAUUUAAAAAAUUCUAAUUAUAAAUAUUUAUUUGAUACAUAUAUUUAUUGCUGCAUUUCAUCGUUUUAUUUUUUUUUUAUGCAUAUGCAUAUGUAUUUGUGCGUUUCUUUAAUUGACACUGAAAUGGCAUCCCAUACUGAUCUACACUCUGGGAGAUGUGGAGUUGAAGUGGAGGUUCUCCGGGGCGCCAGGGGGCAGUGAUGAGUCUCUCUGCUGCUCACUCAUAAACUCUACCUCUGUGCUGCUGCGGUCGGAGUAAGGGUUUAACGCUAAUAAAAUAGCGAACAGUAUGAAGUAUUGUUCAAUCUGGUCGUAUAAAGCUUACUAUAGUUAUAUAUUGUCUAAAUAGGGUAUUAGGUUUCAUAUUUAAGCUGAACUGAUCAAUAAAACAUGACUGCCAACGAGGAGCAGGAGAUGGAGUUGGAAGCCCUGCGUUCGAUUUACGAAGGGGACGAAUGCUUCAAAGAGCUGAGUCCCGUCUCCUUCCAGUUCAGGAUAGGAGACCUUAAUGAGACAAAAUCAUUCCUGCUGGAUGUCUCAUGGCCAGAGACGUAUCCUGAAACUGCACCUCAGUUAUCCUUAGAUGCCUUUUUCAACAACCGAAUCUCUCCAGAGACCAAGCAGUUAAUAAUCUCCAAGAUGCAUGAGCAGGUAGAGGCAAACCUGGGAAGUGCCAUGAUGUACACUCUGUUUGAGUGGGCCAAAGAGAACCAGGAGAUGCUGAUGGAGAAUCACCAGCCUGUAGUGUCUGCUGUGACCCUGACUUCUACCAGCGAUGUGAACAGUCCAGUCUCCUCCGGUAAGAAAAAGGAGAAGAAAGAACAGCUCACAAAGGCACAGAAAAGGAAAAUGAUAGGAAGAACUGAUAACAAAGGUGAAUUGCCCAGAGGUUGGAACUGGGUUGACGUUAUCAAGCUGAGCAAAACAGGAGGAAAAGAGGAUGGCUAAAGGAACCGCUCCUGAACAUCACAUAUUGAAGGAGAGCCAGAUGGACUGAUGGACAAGGAAAGUCUGCCGUGACUUGUUUUUAAAGAAAGUUGAAAUGAGAUAAACUGAUGAAGCUGCUGUUUGUUUGUGAUGCUGAGGCACAUGACAUGAGCAUAAAAUAUAUCCUCUGCCAAUUAAUACCUCCUUGUAGAUUCACAAAAGUGACCGCAACAACGCACACGCUGUGCGAACAACAGAAACGCAACAAAGUGUGUCAAAAAAGAGUGUACCGAGGGCAGACUCUGCUCCUGUGUCUUCAUAUUAUGGGGCUUUUUUGACGCAGUUACAGGUCAACUAAACAACCGAUUGAUUUGUAUUGAACAGAGUGUGUGUACAAAAUGGCAACAUUGAUAGUUUAUGGAGCAUUGUGGUUUGAUCAGGUGAACCUCGGUUUGUAUUUGUACAAGUUUUUAACCUGUUUUUUCUUCUUUCUGUUAUUUAUUGUGCAUAUUUUUUGACACAAUAUAAAAAUCUUUUUUUGAAGGUUUAA